AUGGCUGAGGAUCGCUCCCGCCCCUCGGAGGCCGGAAACGGAGGUCUGGACGUUCAGGCCCUCUCGGUCUGGGAGAUCCCGGAGAACCACCCACGGGGCUUUAAAAAAUGUUGGUGCCCAACACCUCCCCGAAAUAGGGCCCGCCCUAUCUCUGUCGGGGAGCGCGGGACCUCCGUGUCCACCCAGCGCCACCGUCCGCGGCGCCCCUCUCUUGACCCGGGCGUGGUGCGCAGGCGCAGUCUGCGCAGGGACUGGCGGGACUGCGCGGAGGCGACUACAGACGUGUCGGGGGUCCGGGGCCUGUCGUGGCUGCUAAGCGCUCGGCGCCUGGCGCUGGCGCUGGCCAAGGCGUGGCCAACAGUGUUGCAAACAGGAACCCGAGGUGUUCACUUCACUGUUGGGAACAAGAGGGCAUCUGCUGAAGUUUCAGAUUCCAUUUCUGCUCAGUAUCCAGUAGUGGAUCAUGAAUUUGAUGCAGUGGUGGUAGGCGCUGGAGGGGCAGGCUUGCGAGCUGCAUUUGGCCUUUCCGAGGCAGGGUUGAAUACAGCAUGUGUUACCAAGCUGUUUCCUACCAGGUCACACACUGUUGCAGCACAGGUUGGAAUCAAUGCUGCUCUGGGGAACAUGGAGGAGGACAACUGGAGGUGGCAUUUCUACGACACCGUGAAGGGCUCCGACUGGCUGGGGGACCAGGAUGCCAUCCACUACGUGACGGAGCAGGCCCCCACUGCCAUGGUCGAGGUAGAAAAGUAUGGCAUGCCGUUUAGCAGAACUGAAGAUGGGAAGAUUUAUCCGCGUGCAUUUGGCGGACAGAGCCUCAAGUUUGGAAAGGGCGGGCAGGCCCAUCGGUGCUGCUGUGUGGCUGAUCGGACCGGCCACUCAAUAUUGCACACCUCAUAUGGGAGGUCUCUGCGAUAUGAUACCAGCUGUUUUGUGGAGUAUUUUGCCUUGGACCUCCUGAUGGAGAACAGAGAGUGCCGUGGUGUCAUCGCACUGUGCAUACAGGACGGGUCCAUCUGUCGCAUAAGAGCAAAGAACACUGUUGUUGCCACAGGGAUCUGGAGUAUUACGGACCACGAGAGAUGCAGAAAUGGAGCACAGGCGGUGAGCCCAGGACACCCGAGGUACGAGCUCUUGCCCUUCUCCUUCCCUGCCCUCUGGUGCCUGGAGAUACGGCAGCCCAGCACCAGCCCCCAGCUGCUUCCAGUGAAAAAAUGCUGUGUCAUUUCAGGGAGGGAUUAUAGUUUGAACUUGUAUUGAUUUAGUCUUUAUGUGACGCUUCC